AUGCGCGACCUCGCCGAGGACUUUGUCAUAAACCUCGACAUCGCGCCCCAUCUCGUACCCCCUCCAGUUCAGGUGGGUGCAAUGUGCGAUCUCGCCGAGGAAUUUGUCAUAAACCUCGACAUCGCGCCCCAUCUCGUGCCUCCUCUAGUUCAGGUAGAGCCGCUAGUGAACAGACGCAACCUGACUUGGGGAGUGACACAUUCCAUCCACAUCACGGAUGACGACAGCGCCAUCUACUUCGUCCUGACGCCUUCUAACGCGACUUCGGUAUACGACGUGUUUCUCGGCUUCGAGGAGCAGCCGACUGAGUCGUCCUCUAACAUGUCCUUUACGGUGCCGCACGAACUGCUGGACGAAGACGUGGCUGCUGGUGUGCUGCCGAUGGCUGAAGAGGAGCUCCGCCACAGCGUACUUAUCCCGUCACAGGAACUCUACGGGAAGGGCGUCUAUCUUCUGCUGGUGCAGGAGAGAGUGAACAUAAGCUUCGACUAUGAGAUGCCCGCGUACGAAGACGUGACUGGCACUCGCCCUCCUGCCCCCACGCCGCCCGCCGCCGACGCCGAAGACUUUUUGUUCGGUGACGCCGCGGUAAAGGCUGCCCUGGAUGUGCAGCCUUGGUACGCCGACACGCCGACAGUAGACGACUUGCGUUUGAACAACUACAGCAUGCAGCUCGUCGCUCCGUCCUGCAGAUACUGGGACGCUGAGCGCGAAGUGUGGGACACAACAGGUUGCCGAGUGGGUUACGGCACGACGCUGAACCGAGUUCGUUGCUUCUGCAACCACCUUACUUCUUUCGGCAGCGACUUUUUCGUGCCUCCAAACACAAUUGACUUCAGCGCCGCAUUUAGUGACCUCGGCGGCAAACUUGCCGACAACUACGCCGUGCUCCUUACAAUUUGCAUCUUGCUGGGCGCCUAUGUAAUCCUCGGCGUUUGGGCGAGGUACAAGGACAGGCAGGAUGUGAAGAAGUGGGGAGUGACGCCACUCGAGGAUAACUUAGAGAGUGAGAAGUUCCUGUACCUGAUCACGGUAUCGACUGGCAUGCAAGCCAAAUCUGGCACCAGCAGCAACAUCUUCUUCAGCGUUGCCGGCGAUAAAGACCAGACGGGGGUGCGCAAGCUCUCUGACGGCAAGAGGAAGUACCUGUCACGGAGCAGCCAGGUGAGGUACGUGGUGACGACGGAGCGGCCGCUGGGGCGCUUGCAGACGCUGCGUGUGUGGCACGAUAAUUCCGGCAAGGGCGACGACGCGAGCUGGUUCCUCGAACGCAUCACUGUCUCUGACUUACAAACUGGCAGAACGUUUGCCUUCCUCGUGAACCAAUGGCUGGCGGUGGACGAGGAUGAUGGACAGAUCUCGCGCCUGGUGAGCGUCGCUUCUCCUCAGGACCUAACCGCCUUUGCCAACCUCUUCGCUAGCACCUCCAAGAAGAACUUUACUGACGGGCAUCUCUGGAUUUCGGUGUUUGUCCGGCCCUACCAGAGCACCUACACUAGGUUGCAAAGGUUGUCUGUGGUGGUAAGCGUCACCUUCCUCACCAUGGUGGUCAACGCCAUGUUCUACGAGACCGAACCACCAAACUCGGCAAAGUUUGAGCUCGGCUUCGUUACCAUCACCAGCUUUCAAAUCUGGGUGAGCAUCAUGGGCACGGUGAUCGUACUGCCGCCUUCCAUUCUUAUGGACCAGAUUUUCCGGAAGGCGCGACCCAAGCCCUCAAAGACAGACCCUCUAAUGCAGAAGGUGGCGCAGCAGCAGGAACACCUGCAGCAAAAGAUUAGUAAUGGCAAUGGUGGUGAGAAUAUCGGAGAAGAUUAUGAUCCGGGAUACACCAGCAGUGAAAUAGAUUCCGAUGACGACGAAGUGACGAGGAGUAAGAAGCUGUUGCGCAAGAAGAUGAAAAAGAAGAAUAAGAAAACCUUCCCGUGGUGGACUGUGUUCGUCGCGUGGGGUUUGGUUCUGGCUGCGAUUGGAGCCUCAGCGUUCUUCGUAUUCUCGUACAGCAUGCAGUGGGGCAAAGAUAAGAGCAACUCGUGGCUUAUCUCCAUGUCCCUCUCCGUAUUCCAGAGCGUCAUGAUUGUGCAGCCCCUCAAGGUGCUGCUGCUGGCUGCUGUAGCGGCGAUUCUACUGAAGAAGCCUGACGUGGAAGACCUGACGGAGGAGGAGCGUCGCAUCAACGGCCUGCCAGCCGAGGAUGAGGAUCUGGUCGUCGCCAUGCCUGGGAAGGGUACGCGGCAGAGGAUUGAAAUGAAGCCUGUUAACAGCAAAAAGUUGGAAAAACUUCGUCUUAAACGCAAACAAGAAAAUGAGAUGCUAUCUCUGAUCAAACAAAUCUUGAUAUACGCCAUCUACUUGAUAUUCUUGUUGUUCCUAGCGCAACAGAACAGGAACUUCAAUGCCUUCCUCAUCAAUGACAACAUGAAGAAAAUGUUCGUUGACUACGACUCCGAUAGCUACGAAAGGUACAUGCAGCCGGCAGAUCUGCUGACCUACCUCAAUGAAACUUUUGUGCCGAACGCUUACUGGACGGAGGAGUACAACGGUGACCUUGUCACAUGGCGCAAUGCUCCCUUCAUGAGCGACAUGGCGUCUUUCAGGAUAGGCGCGGUGCGGCUCCGGCAGCUUCGCGUCAUGCCAGAUCAGUGUCAAACGCAGUCGGAAAUGGGCAACGUUAGCAAGCACUGCAACGUUGAAUACAGCGACGAUACCGAAGACAGGGGGCGUUACAGGGCGGGGUGGCUGCCGAAUGCUGGCUCGCCCACCCCCUUCAACUCGCCCUGGGCUUACCGCACUAUGGGACAACUUAAAGGUGCCCCGGUGGUGGGGAGGCUCAACACGUACGGGGGAGGAGGAUUCGUCGUGGACCUCGUGGGGAGCAAACUGCAGGUAGACGUCAUCGUCGAGCAUCUCAAACAAAAAGCGUGGCUGGACAAGUAUACCCGUGCGGUGUUCAUCGAGCUCGGCGUGGUGAACGUUUACGUGAACCUCUUCACUCGUGUCUGCCUCCUCACCGAGUUCUCCAACACCGGCCUCGCUUUAUCUAGCUACCAGAUCACCAGCUUUCAACUGUACAGCUACGUUGGCGCAGGGGCUGCAUGGAUCGUAUUCUGUGAGGUGGCGGUGCUGGUGUUUAUAGUCAUCUUCCUCGUCAGGGUCAGCAGGAGCAUCAAGAAGGUUGGCAAAAGUUUCUUUAGGAGCUUCUGGAAUGUGAUGGAGCUUGUAAAAGUGGCUUUAAGCAUCACGGCCGUCGUCAUGUACGCCAUGAAGAACGCUUACGUCGCUCUUUCCUUAGGAGACAUUGCAAACCGGAGUGGGGAAUUCAUGAACUUCCAGCGCUUGGCGCUGUGGAACGAAACAUUCAUCUACCUCAUAGCGUUCGUGUGCUUCAUCAGCAUCUUGGAGUGCCUGAACCUGCUACGGUUCAACGUACGCAUGUCGAUGCUGGCUCGCACGCUGCGCACCUGCUCUACGGACCUCGCUGCGUUCUCGUUCACGUUCUUCAUCACAUUCAUGGCCUUCGUGCAGUUCGCGUACAUUGCUUUCAGCGCGAACAUGCAGAUAUACAAGGGGUUCGUUACCACCAUGGAGAGUAUGGUCGGCCAUCUACUUGGCAGCAUCGACAUGAAGGAGAUGCUGCACCAGAACGGAUACUUCGGCGUGAUUUUCUACCUCGUGUUCAUUUUGCUCAUGUCGUUCAUCGUACUGAACAUGUUCUUCAGUAUUAUGGGCGAAGCUUUUGCCUCCACUAAAGAGGAGAUCGCAAAGGAGAAAAAUCAGUAUGAGCUUCUGGCGUUCAUGACCGGACUCGUAUACGACCUGAUGGGGUGGAAGAACAAGCCCAAACUUAUCACCGACUUCGACGAGGACGAUGUGCUGGACGACGGCGAGGACGACCAGGAUGAGCUCAGUGACGUGCGCAAGGAGAAGAGCCCUCAAAACGAAGGUACCACGGAAGCUGCAAAGCUAAACGAGGCAGACGACGAACUCACUCCUGCAGAGGGCACCCUGCCUGAGGCGCCCCCCGUGGCGAGCUACCUCGAGCCCCCCAAGAUCGACCCCCGCAAGCUGCCCCCUCUUAGGCUCCCCUCCAGCCUCCCUGUCUCCAACAAACCUCCCCCGGCGUCAUACCUGCUGUCUGUCCCCUCGUCUAGGCCGGAGAAGCAGUCUCCUCUCCAAGAAGCUCCUCCAUCUCCCGGGACCCCGAUCUAUACCUUCCCUGACGGGUCGUGGCGGCCUCGCCCACCGUCGCCCCCCGCGGCCGCUGACGCCCCCCUCCCGCCGCCCCUCGUCUACCAGCCGCCCCCAGAGGAGGAGGUGCCUGUGCCGUCUGCAGGUCUCAGCGACAGGCCCAUGGACUUCAUGAAGCUCGCGCCGCUCCCUGACAUCAAGACGCUCUACGGCAAUGCCUGGUACCGGUACUUCACGCACGCGGUGCUGCAGCCCUUCAGCGCUGUCUCCCCUGUCGUCCCAGAGCCGCCUCAGCCACUCCCACAUAUCGAGACUGAGGCUGUGCUGUGUCGUCUGGACCAAGUGGAAGCUCAGCUCGAUGCCCUGAUGGAUGAUGAAUGCGAAGUGCCAGGGCCAUUGCGUGAUGACUGAACACCGCAAUUGUCAUGGCAGGGAGAUGGCGAUAUUGAGCGCUGUGUUGUGAUAUUGUUCUUCUCCGCUCUUCAGUAAAGGAUUAUAUAUUAUAAAGGAUAUGACCACAUCUUGGCUGAGAACGUUGAGUGAAGCGUUCAUUGAGGUGCAUUAAGUGAAUUAUUUAUUGAGGGUUGAAUAAAUCUUUUUGAGAUUCACGUAUGUGUGGAAAUUUCUGGAAUAUUCAGACUCACGUUGUCUCACCUCACGAUCAUUAGAUGUUCUGAAUGUAAAGAAUUGACCAAUUCGCUUAUAAAUAUGUAUUGUUUUAACUGAGGGAAUUCUUCUUGCAUUUCAGUUUCCACCAGUUCAGGUAUGCAUAUUGGAAGAGAAAUUAUAAUAUUAAAUAGGAACAUUACGAACGACGAGUAAAUAUUUUCCGAUGAAUCAUCCCAUUUACCAGGACAAAAUGAAUUUGUACAAUUAUAUUGUAGCGUACAGAACUGAACACCGAUACUUCGAUAUAAAAUAUAAAGUUUGAAAUGGACGCCCGCAGAAUGAGCAGUUGUUUUUCCAAAGAAACCCAUUGAAUAUGCUUGGCUUUGCCCUCGUUCAUUUUUCUCAGAUAACAAUAAAGGGCAAGCCCUGAAAUUCGAGACGUGAAUCGUAAUCAGAGUCAAGGAGGCUUACGGUCUCCUUAGGUGCGUCUGCCACAACUUAUUCCAUCUUAGACAUUGUUUCCAUUUUACCUCGUAAACCUUCUAACUGGACCAAAAAACAUUCUGGUGCUGGUUUUUGUUGUGAAUCAUUUAAUUUUGUAAAAGAUGCUUAAAUUUAACAUCGAAUCAAUUAUACAUGGAAAGCCACCUGCACUUACAUUGAAUCCUCUGCUACGUCCUUCCCAGUUAAUCUCUGACCAUGACAUUUGCCAUUUUACUUCUUACUCACUUCUUAAAAUUUUCUUCUUACAUUUCUUACUUCUUAAAUUUUACUAAAAUGGUUGAUGCCAUUUUACUUCUUAGUUUCGAAAAAGCUAUCGAUAAAUAUUGAGUCUUCUAAUUCAGCCGUAGCUCCAUUAUCUUGUGAACUUGAGUGUAGAAUGUGUGCCUUAGUUUAAUGUGGUUGAGUUAUGGAACGGUGGCUUAACUUGAAAAUGGUGGGAAAAGUGAUAUCGCUUAAUAAAGAGGAGCGUCUUGGUCCAAAAUCGAAAAUUUUUGCUUCUCCGCUUUUUAU